AUGACCUCCGCAAUUCAACGAAGUAGAGAGGAGGCUCGCCAACUUGUCAAAAAAAUAGAAAGUAUCCUAAGAAGCGAUUUAAGUCCUUAUGAAAGAAAGAUUGCUAUGUUUAAUGUGAUAAAGAGUUUACUAGGAAAAUUAAAACUUGUUUGGGAUAAAGGUAGCAAAUAUAAACUCUACCAAGAUUUUAAACAAGAUGAGGAGUUUGAGGAGGAAGAAGGGAAUAAAAAGGCAAAGACACUAAAAGAAAUGGUUGAUUAUGUUUUGGAGAAAACUGGUGAGGAGUUUUGUAUGGCAUCUAUUUCUCUAAUUUUAAAGAAAAUUAAAUAUUCCCACCAAGUAAUCCCUUAUCGCCAUCCUCAACAAAAAUCUAAUCUGCCCGAAGUUAUCCAGUUUAUGGAAAGAGCAAAUAAAUUGCCUCCUAGGCAGAUUUUAGCCACUGAUGAAAGCGGACACCCUUUAAAUCUAGCCCUUAAAAAAGGCUGA